UUACGACUAAUCGCACGGAACUUUAGAAAUUCACGAAUUUUCUGCGGAAAAACCUGCCAAAUCCUGCUAAAAAAGUGUUCCGCACCAAGCUGAAUGUUCCGAGAACGCGUCGCGAGUGCAAAUUUUCGGUAAAAUGGUGAAAUAAGUGCAAAACACAACAAUAAUAAAGGCGGCUCAUCACCACAUUUCGACUCAACUCUAAAUAUAAAUACAUAAUAAUAAUAAAAACUAUAUACAACACAGAAAAAACGCCAUAUACACAAAAGAAGUGAAUUUUACAAGAAGACGAAAAAAAGUGAGAUUUUACAAGAUUACUCGAAGAUUUGGGACGACGAGGUGUUGUAAGGUGGAAAAAUGCGACUCGCAAGUCGGUCGCUAAAUCGUUCGCUCAUUCCCACGGGACUCUGCCUGAUUUUUCUCGUGGUUCUUGUGUUCCCAUUUCGAUUAGAAGCUUCGACACUUCGACGGCAUGAAAGAGAGAUCAAUGGCACCCUCAGCAAUCGCAAAAUAGAUGAUGGAACGAUAUUUCCGAUACAGGAGAGUGAGGCGCAAGUUGUGCCACAAGCGUCAACCAAGGCGAAUGAACGCAAUGAAACACGUCGCAAACUGAAAUGCCACUGUGACAUUUGUAAGGACACAAACAACGUUUGCGAGACAACUGGAUAUUGCUUCACGUCAAAAUCCAUCGACAAGGUGAAGGGCGAAGUGUUCCAGUAUCGGUGCUUGGAUGAACAGUUUGUGUUGGCUGACAGAUUGCCACUCGAAUGUCACACGUCCAAGGAACGAAAAUUCGACUUAGUAAUUGAUUGUUGUCGCACAGACUUUUGUAACAAAGUUCCGUUGGAAUUUCCGAAGCGAGCCGAAGUCCCGAGACCCGUUUCCAGCUGGGGUUUCAUUGUGCUGCUCGUGUCCGCGAGUAUCGCGUGUUUGUGCAUCAUGGGAUUGCUGGCGACCUUUUUCCAGCGACGUCUCAAGAACCAAGGUUCGCGUCAAAUUUUGCCGGAAGAUUCGUUGUGCGGACCAAAUGUUCCCAUUUUGCCGGGCAAAUCCAUCCGAGAUUUGAUUGAGAUGACAACGAGUGGUUCGGGUUCGGCGGGAUUGCCGUUGCUGCAACAAAGAUCGAUCGCGCGGCAAAUUCAGUUGAUCGAUGUCAUCGGCAAGGGACGUUUUGGCGAAGUUUGGCGAGGAAAGUGGCGCGGUGAGAUGGUUGCCGUUAAGAUUUUCUCGAGUCGCGAGGAGUCGUCGUGGUUCCGAGAGGCGGAAAUUUAUCAGACGAAGAUGUUGCGACACGAAAAUAUUCUUGGAUUUAUUGCGGCAGAUAACAAGGAUAACGGGACGUGGACGCAAUUGUGGCUCGUUACGGAUUAUCAUGAGCACGGAUCGUUGUACGAUUAUUUGAAUAUGCGGAUUGUGGAUGUUAAGACGAUGAUGGGAAUGGCAUUAUCGAUUGCCACGGGUUUGGCUCACAUGCAUAUGGAGAUUUUGGGAACGCAUGGCAAAAUGAACGUCGACGACUACAUGGGAAAACCGGGUAUCGCGCAUCGCGACUUGAAAAGUAAGAAUAUCCUGGUAAAGUCAAACUUGACUUGUGCUAUUGGGGAUUUGGGAUUGGCCGUGCGCCAUAAUGUUAAGAAUGACUCUGUUGACAUUCCGUCGACAGAUCGUGUUGGUACAAAGCGAUACAUGGCACCUGAGGUACUUGACGAUACCAUUGAUAUAACUCAACUGGAUGCAUUCAAACGUGCCGACGUCUAUGCAUUCGGUCUCAUUUUGUGGGAACUUGCACGUCGCUGUGAUAUUGGCGGCAAAUACGACGAUUAUCAGUUACCAUUCUACGAUGUUGUGCAACCCGAUCCCACGAUUGAGGAAAUGAGAAAGGUUGUGUGUGUCGAUCGACAACGACCAGUAAUUCCCAACCGAUGGGAUUCGUCUGACACACUGAGAAGCGUGUCAAAAGUUAUGAAAGAGUGUUGGUACUCGAAUCCAUCGUCGCGAUUAACGGCGUUACGGAUUAAGAAAACACUGGACAACAUCAGGAAUGACACAAUUAACAUAAUUAAUGCUUAAAAAGCAUCGAAAUCGAGUCAUUCAACUGCAUUUCUUUCAUAUUAUUAAGAACUAUACAUAGAAAAAAACUAAGUUUUCCCCGAUUUUACACCUUUUUAUAAAUAUUUACAUAUAUUUAUUACUUUUACAUCGUUUUAAAACGUAAUCCUUCUACUCCUCAACACAAAAACGACAAGUUUUUAUUGUAAAAUGGUAAAUAUGAGUUCCAAAAAAUGAUUGUUUUAAUUUUAUAUUAUUUUAAUAUUUUUUUUAUAAUUAUUAAUUUUAACAAAAACUAUCAUUAAAUAAUAUUAAAAUAGUAUACUUGUGUAUGUAGAUCAUAUAUAUGUAUAAUGAACGAUAAAAAAAACAUGUUUUUAAGAA